ACCGACCUCAGAAAUAUGGCGACGUAACAUUACCAGCAGGAAUUUCCGGCAAGAGAUUUACACACUGAAAUAGUUUGAAAUGAAAUGAGCGAAUUUGUUUUCACGAGUCGAUGAUUUAACAGAAAAGGGUUUCAGCGUUAUUAGUUUUCACUCGUUUGGAACCAUAACAAAAAAAUGGAGGAUCAAGAUAAUGUGCAAAACAUGGAAGAUGAUGUGAGGGGUUUUGAAUGGGAUGCAGGACGUGAGGACAGAGACUUUGAGUGGCUGGAGGAUGAUGAUGAAGAAGAAGAGGAGAGGUUUGUGUCCAGCAGAAGUCCAGCGGAGCGCAGCGGUCACAUCGCAGUGACUGAUGGCAGCUUUAUGUUUGUGUGGGGGGGCUAUAAGAAUGGUGAUGCUGAAGCUACUGAAUUUAUUGAUUUGUACUUGCCAAAGAAUGACAUCUGGAUAUACAACAUGGAGACAGGAAGAUGGAGCAUGAGGCGUUCAGAGGGAGACGUACCAAACUCCAUGUCAGGCAGCUGUGGCUCAUGUGUGGAUGGGUUUCUCUAUCUGUUUGGAGGUCACCACGCCAGAGGAAACACAAAUCUGGUUUAUCGGGUUUCUCUAAGAUCCUUUACGUUCCGCUGGGAAAUGAUGAGUGAGGUAAAGGGCCUGGCACCAACGAGUAAAGACAAACUAGGCUGUUGGGUUUACAAAAACAAGCUGGUGUAUUUUGGUGGCUACGGCUACAUCCCACCACCCGGUCACAGAGGAACAUUUGAACUAGAUGAAAAUUCAUUCACGGGAAACCACGUUGGCCGAGGCUGGAACAAUCACAUACACGUUCUGGAUCUUGAGACGUUAACCUGGACCCAACCCAUCACAAAGGGAAACGCACCGUCCCCUCGGGCAGCUCACGCCUGCGCCACUCUGGGUAACAGAGGUUACGUCUUUGGAGGCCGCUAUAUGGAUCAUCGACUCAAUGAUUUGUACUACAUCAACCUGGACACGUGGACAUGGAGUGAAAUGUGUGUUCCUCAAAACGGUCCAGCAGGUCGUUCAUGGCAUUCUCUGACCCCGGUGUCACCCGAUCAUCUCUUUGUGUUUGGUGGGUUUACCACCAACAGAGAAACACUGAGUGAUGCUUGGAUCUAUUGCAUCAAUACAAACGAGUGGAAAUCAGUGAAUCACAAACACAAUGCGCGUCCCAGGUGUGUCUGGGUUCUGACAUUAAUCAGAUUUUGUCAUCCGUGUUUCAUUGGCGAGGUGAUGUACAUGUGUGUCUUCUGCAGACUUUGGCACACGGCGUGUUUAGGUCCUGAUGGUGAAGUAUUUGUGUUUGGAGGAUGUGCCAAUAAUCUUCUCUCUCAACAACAAGCUGCUCAUAGCAACGAGCUGUUGGUAUUCAAUGUUCAGCCCAAAUCGCUGCUCAGGUUGUGUGUAGAUGCAGCAGUCAGGUAUAGGAAACAGAUGGAGCAUCUAUGGGAUGUUUUGCCUAAACAUCUGCUGCUUCAACUGAAACAGAGAAUUGUGGGAGACGCUUGAAGACCAAGACUUGCUAUCGCUGUAAAGACUUCUGUGAUGAGAGUGUUUCUUGUGGAUUAUAAAUAUUUUGUUGCUUUGAUGAUCAAUUUCUUGUAGCGAAAGUUAAAUUUCUUAUUUAUUACCUGCGUUGCACAAAAUUCAGGUGUUUUUUGUCUUAUUGUUGUUAAAAAUUAUUGUUUUCUUGUGGUGAUGUUAAACUGUAGAAUAAAAUUUUAUAAUAUCCAAA